AGGCUGCAAGUGGGGAAAACGCCGGCUUGGAGCUCCAGCUUCCCGCACAAUGGCUUCACGGGCAGUCGGGGGAUCGCGGGGUCGGCGCCCAGGGACCGUGGUGCCCGGGGAGGCGAUUGAGACAGAUUCGGGGGCGUCGUCGUCGGAAGAAGAGGAGCUGUACCUGGGCUCAGCUCCGCUGUGCCAGGGCCGCCCUACCGGGCUGCGCGUGGCCGGGGAGGCAGCUGAGACAGACUCAGAGGACGAGGAGGAGCCCGCGACCCUAGUGGCCCACGCAGAUCUGCCCCCGCUCGUGGUGCUCCGGGGCCCGGAAUGGGCGGCAGAGGAGGCUCCCGCAGCCCCGGCGCUGGCCGUCUCAUCACGGGCCUCCCUGCUGCAGCACCGGCUGGCCGAGAGCCAGGCCCGCCUGGGCCACGACGUGAGCGCCGCGGUGCGCGGGGUGUACCGGCGGGCGGGCCGUGACGUGGCCGGCCUGGCCACUCGCCUGGCCGCCGCACAGGCUGUGGGCUUGGCGGCGGCGCACAGCAUCCGCUUGGCACGCAGCGACCUAUGCGCCCUGGCCGAGCGCCUGGACAUCGUGGCGGGCUGCCGCCUGUUGCCCGACAUCAGAGCUCCGGCCGAGCCCGGCCCCAGUCCUCGGGCCUAGGCUCCGGCAGAAGAGCGUUGGGGAUUCCGGCUUCGAGUCCUCUCCAGGGUUCAAUAAAGUGUGUUUGCGCAAA